AUGUCGUUAGCUUUAAGAUUUGGGACUGUUGCAUCAAUUCAAGAGGCGUUAUGGGGUGUGGUUCCACGUUUACCUUCAAUAACUAUACGUCUUGGGUUGCAGAACAGACUUGGUAAUCAAAGCACAACUGAUGAGAGAUUACAAGAAUUGAAAGAAAAAAUUGAAGAAUCAGGAGGUGAAGCUCCUUUUAUGAUAGAUAAUGGUACAAUUUUAAAGGCCGUGCCAAAAAAGAAAUUAUCAAGAGCAAGAAGAAGAAAGAAGUUGUAUGCUCCAGGGAAUAAGCAAGUCCAUCCAAUAAAUAAUAUUGUAAGGUGUUCAGCAUGUGGAAGUGUUAAACGUUCACAUUUCAUGUGUAUGAAUUGCUUUGCUGAAAUUAAGACAUUUUUAAAGAGUUUAAAGAGAAAGAAUGGAAUAAUCAAAGACACUGUCAACCCACAAAGUGAUUUAAAUCCAUUAGAUGAAAGAGUUAUAUAUCCUGGUAAAUUUGAAACCGACCACGAACGACAAUUGAAGGCUAAGGAAUGGGUGCCAAAAAGAGAAAAACCAAUGCCAUAUGACAACACUCAAGUUAGACAUCGCAAAGUAAACCCCAAAAAGGGUAAAGUAAUGGUUGAACUCGAGUAA